AUGGAAAACAUAGUAAUAUUGUAUAGUGAUGAAGAAAUAUACAAUGUAGACAUACACGGCUCGCGUCGCGCGCUCACGUCGGUCGGGGCGGUGCGAGCCUCGCGCCGCCAACAUCCGUGCCGCGGCCAGCGAGCGGCAGUCAGUUCGGCGCCGACAGCCAACACGCGUAGACGUAUACCUAGUGACAUGGCCGCAGCCCACACGCACUCGGCCCCCGCGCCCUCCGACCGCCGUUCGGAGGGCCGCGCUGGCUCCCGCCGUAUUUUCCCACCACAAUUCAAACUACAAGUUCUCGAAGCGUACAGGCGCGACGCGCAGUGUCGUGGCAAUCAACGCGCUACAGCCAGGAAGUUUGGCAUCCAUCGUCGUCAGAUCCAAAAAUGGCUUCAAGCCGAACCAGCGCUACGAGCUGCACUUUUAAGAAGAGCACCGCAACCGGCACCAUCCCCGCCACCAUACAGCGCAGGAUCGCCGGAGAGCGCUCGUCUGCCAACACCGCCUCCUCCACCACCGCCUGCAGCUCUUCCUACGCCAGUGUCGCUGCCUACACCGAUACAAGUGACGACGCCAAUAGCGACACCGAUUCCUAUACCACCUCCGUCUUCGACAGAGCCUAUAGACCUCUCGUUACGACGGCUAUCGCCACCACCAGCGCCAGUGCCAACUUACGCGCCGCCUGUGCUGGAACCACCCAAAAAACCUUUCAAACUAUUCCGGCCAUACCUGUUGGAGGAUGAAGAUGAGAAGAGGCCAGCGGUGGCAUCGCUGCCGGUAGCAAGUGGCGUACACGUAUCUGCAUUCGUGCCAGUGCAAAGAGUAAAUGACCAACAAAUGGUUGAUUUACUUGUUGAUUCAGAAUUUGAAGAUGAAACAGCUGAUAUCAAUGAAAUUGAUGAUGGGCUGAUGGCAGGCAUUUCUAAUGUGUUAUCACGAGAUAAAGAUUUGUCAGAUUCAGGGUCCUCGAAUAUCAAGAGAUCGGAAUUGGAAUCAAGUGAUUCAGAUUCUCAGUCCGAACUUUCCGACGAAGAUAUAACUCCCGCACCUUCAUUACAAAGAAAGAACGAGAUCGUGGCAUGCAACAACGUGGAGCCAUACGACAUUCACGCGGAAUUACAUCGCGAAGGGACACAAAUAGUUACAAAGUCACAAGUCACAAGACAGACUUGGUGGCGCGGGCGCGGCGCGGCGUCGAAUCUCGCGAUGCCGCAAUGGCCGCCCCGCUUGGCGCCAACGCUGCUCGAAUGUUAUUUCCGACGCCAUUACUCACACACCAAGAGAUUCAAACUUAUUUGUGAUGAAAAUACUCUUUCUUCUUCCUUGCCCAACCCUCUUCCAGGUUUAGCUGGCGUCGGGUCUCCUUGUACGAUUGCGCCAGAUAUAACAACACUCUGGCUUGUCGGUGUACUCAGCGACAAGAUGUCUGGUCCGGCAGAGCCGGCGGCGCCCAGCCCCCCUUCCCCACCCGUCGCCCCGCCAGAUUAUAUUAUUAUGGGCUUGACGCCGAUCCCUGCCCCUUCGCCCGCGCGCCUCUGCGCCUGCGCCACUUCUCGGAAAAUGAAACUAAACUACUGA